UCCCUUCCUAUGCAGAUUUUUUCAUAGCACCUCAAAUCUUACAAUUUAAUACUUUAGCUAUUUCAUGGCUACUACAGUCUUCAGCCUCACAAAAAAAAGACCAAGAAAGCAAAUGUUAACAAAUAUGACAUGCAAGUUCAUGCUUCUUGUCGUUUUGGGCGUUCUCGUUCAAACUUCCUCUGCAAGAAAGCUUCUCGGGGAUUCAUUUUUACCCAAUUUUGACUUAAACGGAGGGUUUGACCAAAUUCUAGGAGGUCUUGGUGGCGGUGGUGGAGGUGGCGGUGGAGGUGGAGGUGGAGGUAGUGAUGGUGGAUUUGGUGGUGGCUUUGGAUAUGGCGAGGGUCAUGGAUCAGGUGCACAUGGUCGUGGCGGAGGUGGCGGCGGAGGUGGUGGAGGUGGCGGUCAAAAUGGUGGUCACGGUUUUGGUUUUGGUUUCGGACAUGGUGGUGGUGGUGGAUUUUGA